AUGUCAAAGCCUCUGGUUCCUAGGAUCUAUCUCGAUGAUGAGUGGCAGAAGGUGGUCUACGAGAAUCUCCCGCUUGUGUGCUUCGAAUGCAGCUUAAUUGGGCACACCGGCGAGUCUUGUCCGACGGUCCACCGGGACCCUCUGGCCGGAAUUCUCGCCAUUGCCGACGGUCAGUCACCGAAACCUGUGAUGGAGAUCCCGCCGGAGCCGCAAGCAGGAUUUGGGCCGUGGAUGUUGGUCACCAAAAAGAGAAAGCGAGGGAUCGAUCCCUUCUGCAAACCCAAGAAUCUCUCCUCGCAACGGCCAACUUCUCUCGACAACAAAGGAAACUCGGCUUCCAGGAAAGGGAACGAUGAAAGUGCGAAGGGCAAAGGGAAAGUGGGAAUUGAAGAGGCUGAUAAGGCGAAAGGACUUCUGGGCCCGGGCCCAGGAACGAGAUCGGCGGCCAAGGGUAAAAGAACAAGUGAGGCAGGUCCUUGGGCCUCCACCUCCUCUGACCCGCCGCGAGGGCCAGAUCAGCACAAUAAAGGCCCGAUGCUCGUAUCCAUCAGGGAAGCCACUCAAGUCCAGUUCUCGGUUGCUGCCAGCCCACCUCUCUCACUUCCAAUCCAGUCCGUGAAAGGAGCUAAUGGAACUGAUAUGCAA